CUCAGUGAAAUACACACACACACAUGGACACACCUCUUGAUCAGGAGACCUAAAUGCAGCAACUAUUGGUUAAAUAUAUAUAUUUAUACUAAAAAUACAACACCCUCUUGAUUUCUUCUCGUAAUUAAUUUGGUUCCUGAAGUGAAGAAAAAAAAUCUAAGAAAGUUUCCAGUCUUGUGGAUUUAAAAGGGAAGGGAAGCAUAAUUCGUGGAAUCUUUUAUUUUCUUGCUUGUUAGCAUGUCUCUCUCCUUUUGUUGGGUACUGUAAUCAAGUGAGUUGAAAUGGGAAGAGCUCCAUGUUGCUCUAAAGUUGGUUUGCAAAGAGGUCCAUGGACUACUAGAGAAGACACGCUGCUCAUUAACUGUAUCCAGGCGCAUGGUGAAGGUCAUUGGAGAUCUUUGCCUAAGAAAGCUGGGCUACUUAGAUGUGGCAAGAGUUGCAGGCUAAGAUGGAUGAACUACCUUCGGCCCGAUAUCAAGAGAGGGAACAUCACUCCUGAUGAGGAUGACCUGAUCAUUCGGCUGCAUUCUCUUCUUGGCAACCGUUGGUCUCUCAUUGCAGGAAGGUUGCCAGGCCGGACUGACAAUGAAAUCAAGAACUAUUGGAACUCUCACCUCAGCAAAAGAGUCAAGAACAACACAGCAGGAAACAAGUCCAAAUGCUUGGGGCAACCAGCUGGAAAGAGAAGUGGCGCCAACUCCAACAAAAAAAGGAAAAGGAAUCAAAGGGAGCUGGACAGUGAAGGCAUCUGUAGUGAAAAUGGAGAGACUGCUACGAAGAUAAAGAUUCAUCUCCCAAAGGCAAUAAGGGUUUCCCCAUCCUCUGUCGCAAAGAAUGUAGAUGUUAAUAUUCAAAGCAUGAUCGGGUCAUCAUCUAGACAUGCAAAGAUUGGUGAUCAUGCUAAUUGGGGCAUCUCUGGUCUUAAAGUUGUUAGCAAUGAUGGAGAGGCAUGGGCUUUCAAUAGUGAAGAAUUUGAUGGUCUUGUUUAUGACCAUGAUUCCUCGUGUCCAAAUUCUUUUCCCAAUGAUAUUAUGCUAGAUGAUAUCUUUGAGGAAUACCAGGAACUCCUCAAGCCAGAUGAUCAUGGUCAAUUGGAUUCCUUGGUGGAUUCUCUUAUUGCUUGAUUAUUCAUGUAAUAAAAGGAUGUGCACUAUUGCACACGCCUACCAGCUCCAUUCAUGA